AUGUAUAAUUCAACGACUCCGACGUCAUCUACCAUGGAAGAUGGCCAUGCGAAAUGGCGCGAGAUCCACAGUCCAUCUGGUUGGCCGCGACUGAUUCAUGACGACCAACCAGACCCGUGGCUCAAACAGGAGAUCAUACGUUAUGGGGUAUUCUCACAUGCCACGGUUAUGGCUUUCAAGUUCGACUCAUCAUCUGAGAGCUUUCCGAACCAUCUGGGGCUGCUCUUCGAGCAAUUACACCGCCGUUAUGGUUACGAAAUGACCAAAUUGAUCUAUGCCCACAUUGACUGGCCCAGUUGUAUAGGCAAAUUGCUUAGCAGUUGGAUGGGCAAAUGGGAUGGAAAGCAGAAAAAUGAUUCAAAUUUGAUUGGCUAUGUAGCUGUCAGCGACGACGAUAUGUCCCACCAGAUUGGACGUAGGGACAUUGUCGUUGCGUGGCGUGGUUCUGUCAAACUGGGGGAGUGGUUUAAGGACCUUCAAGUUAUGCUUAAGAAGACUGGCACAGGUAAGGUGAGGGUUGCUCGUGGGUUCAAUAGCAUCUACACAUUCAAGAGUGAUUCAUCCAACUUAAGUGCAUCAGAAGAAGUGAUGGGAGAAGUGAAAACGCUUAUGAAGUUGUACAAAGAUAAGGGUGAAGAGGUGGGCCUCACCAUCACUGGCCACAGCCUAGGUGGGGCCCUAGCUCUCCUCAACGCUUACGAGGUCGCCUCCUCCCUCCCCGAUCUCCCAAUCAGUGUUAUCUCUUUUGGGGCUCCACGAGUCGGUAACAUUGCAUUUAGAGACGAGCUCAACAAAAUGGAUGUGAAGACACUGCGAGUCGUUAACAAAUCAGAUAAGGUCACGAUGUUGCCCGGGCUCACAUCCAAGGAGAGGAUUGAGAGAAAGUUUAAGAAAAAUUUGUCAACCGACAAAUUGGUGAAAAUAGUGGGGUUGAAGAACCGUGUGUACAAACAUGUGGGCACGGAAUUGAUGCUGGACGCAACACGCCGACUCACUCCGUGCGAAGCGCAUGAACUAAAGACGUACCUUUCGCUUCUGAAUGGUUCCGAUAGUGUAGGGUUCAAGAUUCCGUGUGCAUGCUCACCGGAAUGUUACGUUGGUUAA